CUGAAGUAAACCUCCUUCCUUGUUUUAACCACAGGCAAGUUGGAUCGAACCUACACCUAGAAUGCAGACCCUACUUGCACAGCAUCGGCUAACACGUCCAGGGCUUGCACGCCCUGCCAACCGAAGAAGCUAUACCUUACGCUCGUCAAAGGGGUUUGGUGUAGAAACAAAGACUGCACAGAAACCGCCACGCGAAGAUGGGGAGGACGAUGAGCCAGUGGCGAGCACCUCAGCCGCUGCGGCAACGACAGAUAAGGACGCUAUGGCUCUGGAGGCGCUAGAGGCCCGAAUUAAAUCCCGGCGCAAGAAGGUGGAGCCCAAGGUGAAGGUGGUAGCGCCGGCCGUGGAUGUGGCCACCGGCAAGGCCCCCGCGCCUGCGGAGAGCGAGGCGGAGCGCGCCUACCUGGCCUUCCUCUCCUUCUACUUCGUGGCGGUGCUGCUGCUGGGUCUAGCGCUGGCGGGAGCGGGUUUCAUGCCGGAGGAGGUGGACGUCUGGAUCCAAGACAAGCUCUACCCGUCGUACAGUUGGAUCGUGCUGGGCUUCCUGGGUCUCUCAUCGCUGUACGGGCUGUACAAGACCGGCAAGCUGCCUGGGCAGGUGCAGCGGCAGUAGUACGGGGGGUGCUGGCGGUGGGAGCGGUACAGGGGUUCAGGUAGGGGGGCCAGAAAAGAACCAAACCACACAAGUGAAUGCAGGGCAGGGGCUGAUGGAGAGCGGCGGUAUGGACGGUGCCCGCAGUUGAGGUUGGCGGGGGCUGAUACCGGUAGGUGAAGCGCCGAAAAAUGUGUGGCCGUCACUCCCUUCCUGUGUAGUCCUCAUUCCACCUGCUUUCGAAUGGGGUGUAUUCCAUCACGGCUUGAUGGCAAUACUAGGUUUGUUACACUCGGAGUACAUGUGUGAGCAGCUUUGAAGCUAUACAUGUUGGGGCAAAAAACCGGUGGAUUUGUGUCAUAACGGAGGAAAGUGCCAGGCACCAAUGGUACUACCAGGAUGGCCACUAGUGGGGGCCAACUAGACGUUAUGCAGGACUUGGUUGUUAGUGGGUAGCAGCGACUGUACCUUCAUGUGCGGUCUUCCUCUUUUGCUUCCACAUGGGGAAAUGUGUUUCCCUUCUGCUAGUACUAGUGUUUACCUGGCCUCCGUGCUAUGUACGAGCAAAUUGUAAAUAAUACGGACUGUGCUUAUCCUUGUACCAGAACAGUGGGCUCCCUCCGUUACAGCUUGUCACAGUACUGAACAAUUAAACCAGCAACCGCUUCUCAAC